AUGGUUCCUUUCUUAGUAACAAACGACAGUUUAGAAUAUCCCAUUCUUGGAUACAAUGUUAUUGAAGAACUAAUCAAGCCGAUGAAUACAUCUGAUAUUCAGUCAGCACAUAUUGCUACAGUACAAGCUAGUUUCCAAGGUUUUGAUGAGAAAGCGUUACUCGAAUUGGUUAGACUGAUACAAUCAGCAAGAGCAAAUGAACUAUGCACGAUUAAGAGCCCAAAGAACGACUUUGUUAUUCCGGCAAAGAAAACAUUUAAAGUUAACUGUCGAGCGAAUACUGGACCGGUAGAAGAAACUACACUUGUUUUGUUUGAACCGGACGAAUUAACGACCUGGCCAAACGGUUUAUCGGUGCACCAAACGGUUACAACAGUGAAACAAGGCUCAACGUCUCAAGUAAAGAUAGAUGUGACCAAUACAACUAAUCAUGACAUUGUCGUGCGUAAAUACACAGUAUUAGGAAGUCUUCAGUUAAUUAAAUCGAUUAUACCUGUUAGAAGUGAAGUUGGCAGAAAAGUCACGCAAAGAAAAACAACGAACAGUAACAGCCACACAAUCCCAAGUGAAUUCAAUGGCGAAAGAAACUCGAGAACGAGACAGUACAAAUGA